CCCAAGUGUCUUUGUACAUCAAUGCUCAAGACAAUGAGUUGAUCAACGAGAGGCAAACGUCGGGGCGUGUCUUCUAGAGCCGCUCAACAUGCUACAACCCCGAAUACCUUUCCGGUCGCUGUGCAGGAGAUGUCAGCUUCCGUCACCCAGCUUGCGCAGGACCUACGCGCAGGUCCAAGUCAUUGACCCCGUGCACCCGAGCGGUUCAGUCACAGAACCUCCCAGCACAGAUCUCCCUCUCGCUCAAGCUGAUGACCGAACCUCACUCUCCAAAUUCGAAGUUCGCCUACGCCGAUACACUCCUCGAACGCCGGGUAUUCGACAUUUGGUCCGUCCAUUGAACGAACAUUUAUGGAAAGGCCGACCGCACUUUUCCCUCACGUUUCCCAAGAAGGGUCAUGGCAAAGGUGGCCGAAAUCAUACUGGCCAUGUGGUGGUUAGACACCGUGGAGGUGGACAUAAGAGAAGGAUAAGAAUUGUCGAUUUUGCAAGGCGUACCGGCGGCAGGCAUCUUGUCGAGCGAAUCGAGCACGACCCCGGCCGUACUGCUCAUAUCGCCCUCGUCAAGAACCUCCAGACCGAGGAAAGGAGUUACAUUCUAGCGGCAGAAGGGUUGCGAGCUGGUGACACUGUCGAGAGCUACCGGUCCGGUCUCCCGCAGUCACUCAUUGACGAAAUGGGUGGACAUAUCGACCAGGGUGUCCUAGCGUCCAAAACCGCACACCGGGGCAACUGUCUGCAGUUGGGAAUGAUCCCUGUCGGCACCCCCAUAUUCAACAUUACUCCCACGAAAGGCGACAUUGGGAAGAUCUGCCGAAGUGCAGGAACACAUGGAAUCAUUAUCGGCAAAGGGGAGGACACGGUGCAGAAAGAGAUGAUGAAGUUGAUUGGUGACAGUGGUGACAUGGAUCUGUCUUCGUUAAGCACGGAUCAAUUGAGAAAGUUCGAAAAAGCGGCCAACUAUGUUACGGUGCGCUUGUCCAGUGGUGAGGUCCGACUCAUCGACAAAGACGCUGUAGCAACCAUUGGUGUUGCAAGCAAUGUCAACUUCAAAUAUACCUCUCUGGGCAAGGCGGGUCGAUCGCGCUGGCUCAACAUUCGACCAACUGUGCGAGGUGUGGCCAUGAACGCAGCAGACCAUCCGCACGGUGGUGGUCGAGGAAAAUCCAAGGGUAAUCGCAUCCCGGUGAGCCCCUGGGGAGUUCCGGCGAAAUCCGGCUACAAGACGCGAGACAAGCACAAAGUAAACCCUCUCGUUGUCACCCAACGUCCCCGGAACCAGGGACGACGCAGAAGAGGUUAUGCAUAGAUUAGCACAUGUAUCAAUACGAGGUCUUCCUGGCAUAGACGCACUGUAAAUGCCCCUCCCGGACACUGGCCUGUCUUUGGCGGCCUAGCAAUUGUGGUUGUAGAACUACUUUAGAUUUCUCUCCGUUCACCUCU